CAUGGAUCAAUAACAUCAAUGGAAUAACAUCAAUGGAAUAACAUCAAUUGCUUAAUAAAGCAAAUUGGGGCUGAUCAAUAAUCGAGUCGCCCGAGGCCUCCUCCCCCAAACUCAGACAGACGCGGUGACGCCUUCUCGCUCCCUCACGAUCGCCUAAGCGGCAUCCUUGGGCUUCAUAAGCGGCGUCAUGGUCGUGCAGAAUACCCAGGAAGACAGACCAUGUCACUUGCCUAGUUGCAGGAAUAAUCCUUCCGCUAAGAACCACGGACAUUGGGACUCGGGGAAACCAGAGAAAGCCGAAUCCGAUCUCCGCGUUCCCCCAAAUCCCGCUUCGACAUCCACCGUCGGAGAUAUUAAUAAUAGCAACGGACUCCCCCGGCGAGGCCCCGGCAGAAGUCAAAAUGUUGCUCAGAGAGCAUCCAUACUAAUCGACCCGAUAUCUUUUCAAGAUUCUUCGGGGACAAUCGACGGUUCUGCUCCCAUAUUCGUGGAUCGGAGCUGCGACUCCACACCGAGAGCCACUCCCUUGCCUUCGCGAACAAUCGCGAAUGAUGACAAGAUUCCAGUCAAUCGAAGCCAAUCAUUACCAGGAAAGACGGAACACCCUCCAGCUGCACUAGCACCACACCGGAAUCAUCGCAUGACAUAUUCCAUUGACUCGAUCCCGAAGCAAACCCUCCUCAAGGUUCUUGCCUGCCGACAACCGCCUUCGCAACCCGCCUCUUAUAGAACCAAUAUCCAUAAUCUCCUCAUGGAGAACCCUACGACGCCCCCCGUCUCUACCUUCCACGCCCGUCAAGACCAUGCGGAUCCCUCCGCUCCUCCGACUACCAACCACCGCGACCGCCGCCUCUCCCAAGCCCUUUCCGACCUAACCAUUGACCCCACCCCCUCCGCUCUGUCCGCCACCGCCAACCAAUCCGACCAACUCGCCGCGUUGCGAUCUCCCUGCUUUUUCCACAAGCGGUUCGACAGCAUUGUCAACAUCGACCGGGUCCUCGAGGAGAUCAGUGCGGACGCGCCGCUCUCACAUUCGCGCCUCGUGCGAACCGCGACGGGGGUGCGGGAGGUCAGCCGGCAGCUGCAGCGGCGGCCGAUCAAGCGCGCGGUGCGCACGGUGAUGAUCGUGACAAAGGCACGGGAUAAUGAUCUGGUGUAUAAGACGCGCGAACUGACGGAGUGGUUGAUGAGCACGCCGCGGUAUGGCAACGCGGUCGGUGUGGUCGUGUAUGUGGAUGCGAAGCUACGGAGAAGCAAGCGCUUCGAUGCGGACAGCUUGCUUGCGAAAGACCCGCGGUUCGUCGAGGGGAACAUGCUCCGGUAUUGGACGCCGGAGAUGUGCUGGACGCAGCCGGAAAAGUUCGACUUGGUGUUGACCCUAGGCGGCGACGGCACGGUGCUCUUCACGUCGUGGCUCUUCCAGCGCAUCGUCCCUCCGAUCCUCUCUUUCAAUCUUGGGUCGCUAGGCUUCCUUACCAACUUCGAUUUCGCGGAGUACAAGAAGGGGCUGGACCCGAUCAUGGGCGACGCGGGGAUGCGGGUCAAUCUUCGUAUGCGCUUUACCUGCACUGUAUAUCGCAGCCCCGCCAUAUCCCGCUCGUCCACUGCCUCCUCGCAUCAAGCGGACAUAGCACAUACCAGCAAAGGCCGUCGUCGUCGCCGUCCUGUCCCGGAGCCCGUCGAAGCCGAGCAAUUCGAAGUACUGAACGAACUCGUCAUCGACCGCGGCCCGAGUCCCUACGUUUCCAACCUUGAACUCUACUCCCUCCAGCCGUCCACCAACGACACCUCCUCCACCACCUCCUCUGCAUCAUCAUCGUCUUCCUCCUCGAAAUCCGCACCCGAACAAGACCUCCUCACUAUCAUCCAAGCUGACGGUCUCCUCCUCUCCACCCCAACCGGCAGCACCGCCUACUCCCUCAGCGCCGGCGGCAGCCUCGUUUCCCCCGAUAUCCCGGCCAUCCUCCUCACGCCGAUCUGCCCGCACACCCUCUCCUUCCGCCCCAUGGUCCUCUCCGACUCGAUGCUGCUCAAGGUCGCUGUGCCGCGGGGCAGCCGCGCGGGCGCCUACGUUGCGUUUGACGGCAAGAACCGCGUGGAGCUGCGGCCCGGCGACUACGUGACGGUGGAGGCGUCACGGUGGCCGUUCCCGACGGUGGGGCGGACGGAGCGGGAUUGGUUUAGUAGCUUGGAGGGCGCGCUAAGGUGGAGGUGUUUGAUAUUGAUUUUGAUGACCCGGAUGAGAGGGAUAGUGGGUAUAGUGCUACUGGCAGCAGUGUCGGCGGUGGAUCGAGCCCUGUGCGGAGGAUGGGGAUAGGGAUGGGUAUGCCGAUGGCCAUGGGGAGAUAUUAGACGUCAUGAUUUUAGAUUUUAGAUGACAGGAACCGAUUUGGGUGAGACCUCUUGGAUGGCUAGAUAGGUUUAGCAUCAUAGCUGGAUACCAUGAAUGAAUGACACCUGUAUGACCAAGGAUAGUUUCAUAGGAAGCUCGUUGUUAACCUCCGGGGCGACAACG